AUAUACGAUGGAAGGGGGAAAAAAAACCAAAAGAAAAAACCUUUAAGUGUUCGUCUGAAAUUGUUUUCUAGGAAGAGAGCGUCACCACCCACACAGGAGGAGGGAUUACUCAGCUCCAUAAACACGCUGAGCUGCUUUUCUGAUCAGAUUACAAGGCACUGACUGGAAAAAGGUUUGUUCGAGUACAGCUGCGGAUCAUAAUUUACACCACACAGAACAAAGAUGAACGACAUGAAGGAUGUGGAGCUCAAUGAGCUGGACCCGGAGAAGCAGCCCAUGACGGGCGACGGGCAGACUGUCAGCGGGGAGAAAAAUGGCAGCAUCAAGGUGAAGGUUCCCGAGGAAGAAGUUGCGUUCACGGGCCUGUCCAAAGAAGAACUCAUGAAGGUUGCUGGUACUCCGGGAUGGGUGAGGACCCGCUGGGUGCUGCUCAUCCUCUUCUGGCUGGGCUGGGUGGGCAUGCUGGCCGGAGCCAUCGCCAUCAUCGUCAAGGCGCCGCGCUGCAAACCCAUCCCGGACAUGAAUUGGUGGAACGAGGGACCUCUGUACCAGAUCGCCGACGCCGAGGCUUUCGCCGAUGGGCUCGCAGGCGUUGAGAAAAAGCUGGACAACAUCAACCAGCUGAAGGUGAAAGGUCUGGUUCUCGGCCCUUUUCACACCGUGCAGGCGGACCGACGGAACACCCUCAACCUGAAGGAGAUCGACCCGACUCGGGGGAGUGAGGAGGACCUGCUCGCUGUGCUGGAUAAGGCCCACAAGAAGGGUGUUUCUGUGGUGCUCGACUUGACUCCAAACUAUCUGGGAGCUUCUCCGUGGUUCAGCAGCAGUGACCUCAACGAUGUGAUGGACAGUGUCCAGGCCGCGGCGGAGCACUGGUUCGGGUUGGGCGUGGACGGCAUCAAGAUCCCCGACCUGGGCACGGUCGCCAACUCUGUGGACUUGUCCCGGCUGAUGGCUGUGGUUAAGGGGAAUGACACCGAGGAUGACGCCAAGAAAAAGAUGCUGAUGGGUGUGACGGAAGGUGUUUCGGCCGUGGAGCUCUCCCCGUUGCUCAACACCUCCGGCGCUGAUCUGGUGCUGUCCGACCUGCUCGGCGCCAAACUUGGAGGUGCGGAGCGCAUCCACGCCUUGGACACGCUGCACUCCCAGCAGAGGGGCGUGGCCUGGGGUCUCGGCGCCACCCAGCGGGAGCAGCUGUCCAAACGGGCCACGUCUCGGGCUCUGAUCCGCCUCUACCAGCUGCUGCUCUUCACCGUGCCCGGAACGCCCGUGUUUAGCUAUGGUGACGAGAUUGGCCUAAAGAUGGAGGGUGAAAAGUUUCCCAAAAUGAUUUGGGACCUGGAGAAGGAAGCCAAAGCCGACGGAGCCGCCGUCAACGAGACGACAGAGGCCGAGCGCGAGGAAUACGCCGCCGUGAGAAAGUGGUUCAAAUCCCUCAGUGACCUGCGGGGCAAAGAGCGCUCCCUCCUCCACGGAGAGUACUAUCCUCUCCAGUCCUCCGCCUCCUCGCUCGCUUUCCUGCGCCUGUGGGACCAGAGCGAAAGAUUCGUCACGGCGGUCAACUGGGGCGAGGCGCCGGAGACGCUACAGCUCAAGCUGGUGCCGGCAGACGGAGUCGAGUUGCCAACAUCUGCGACGGUCAAGUUGUCCACUGAUCCAGAAAUGGAGGCAGAGUCCACAGUCGACCUGGACAAAAUCACCCUGGGACCUGGACAAGGUGUCCUCUUGCAGUUCCCUUACAGAGGCUAAAGAUGGCGCCAAGUUGCAGGAAAGUCACCAGUAGAUAGAGUUCAGUUUUUUUAGAAGUCAGGUGGCUUGUUCAAAAGAUGCAGAUUGUUUGUUUUGGCACAUUUCUCCCAACUAAAUUUGGUGAAUGAAAACCUUUAUUGUCCAAUGGCCAGUCCACAAUUGUUUGGUUUUUGGUUACCUUUCAGACCUGUUUUCAGUGAAUAAGCAGAUUGUUUACAAAAUAUUUGACAUUCCAUUCUUUUUUU